AUGGCAGGCGCCAUGACUGAUAUCAUCAGCCUCGCUACACGCUUCGCGACAGCGACACUCGAUAUUCUGAAGCGCUGCAUCGCCUUUGCCUUUCUGGCAUCCAAUGUGGUCCUGUACAAUGUCCGAACGGCUUCUGAAUCCCUGGCCGACCACUUCCGACAUUGGUAUGCUGCACAAGCGCAUCUGAACUUCAAAAACUACACUGUUGUAGCGACAUCAUCUGCACGAGAUAUGUCCCAUCACCUCAACCAUGCGCACAUGGCAUUCAAGGCCUUCUCGGAAGUUUGCCUGGCCAAAACGAGGAUCAUGUCUGUGAGGAUCUCAGUCAAAGCGUGGAACACUGCACAAGCAAUGGAUACAAGCUUGGUGAACAGCAUGAGAUGGGCGGCACACAACCUCUGGUGCCUCUGGACAUCAAUUUCGUCACACUUGAGCUCGUGCCAGAGGGGAAUCGUCAGAGCUUUCGGUCGCCUUGGAAGCGUCGCAACAAUCUACGCAGAAGCGGUCAAGGCGUUGGUCAUCAAAGCCUUCAUCACGCAACGCCUCUUCAGAACCAACGUAUGGAUUUGGCUUGUUGCCAAGUUUGAGGCACUUCGAGACAAUAGCUUGUUUCUUUACGGUCGCUUCACAGAGUAUUGCGCGGCUUUUUGGCACCUUUGGACAGCUGUAGAUCCUCGCUACCUCUUCUGGAUGCAAGUCUUCUGCAUGGGUGCCAUGCUCAUCUACUCUCGACGUAGCAUCCGCAAGCUUUAUUGCUGUUGCCAGGAACUUUCCUGGCUCAUGAUUAUAGCGUCCCAGGAUUUCGCUUCACCAUUGAGCCAGCUUCAACUCAUGCAGCUUGAGAUGGUUCUUCGGAGGACCCUCCCGGGGAGCUAUGUCUACGACCACACCACAUUCGAACAGUGGCCCAGAAAGCACCAUUUCCGCAGCACACUUCAACUAACCAGGCCGAAAGAGCGGUUAAGUCUCUUCAGCUUUCCACCAGACGUUCGCUUGCGUAUCUUCGCCCUCGCUCUCACAUCGACCACGCAGUUCUCCUGGCUCCCCGACCGACACAUCUUCCGCCUCGACCCCCCAAACAUCGACUUCCACCGCAUCUGGUCCGUCGCACGUUCUCUCGGCUACGUCCUUCCUGGCACCGUCCUCACCAUCGACGCCUGCGCCCCGCCGCUCCCUCGAACAUCUUCGGCCUUGCUGCCGCGCCUCGCUGCUUCGCUUUCACGUCCCGCCAGCUACUUCGUACAACCAAGACCAAGCGGCCGUGAGCAGUUGAUCGAGAUGCUGGCUCGACUCUCGCUGCCAACGGUCGAGCGGAAGCUUUGGACGGAAAAUGUGGCGGCGAGCAUGCGCGCGGGGGAGCGGUGGACUCUCGCGGUGCGGGAGUCGUGGUACCGUGUGUGGAGCUUCGAUAUCGGCUUGAUGCUCGGCGCGUUGAAACCGGACGGCGUGGGCAGGAUCUUUCCGGGUAUUGUGGUGGAGUACAAGAUUGUGAUAGGGGGCGGGGACAUGGAGGGAGAGAAGAGGGAUAAAAAGAUCUUGGAGAUGAUCAGGCAGUUGAGGGAGGCAGUCAUGAUGGAGCACCGAGAUGCGAGGUUCAAGGUUGUUGUUGAGGGCCUGGAGGCCUGGGAAGGGAUGAUCGGUAGGGAAGAACUGAAGGACAAGCAGGUUGUGGAAGAGGUGAGGGCCCUGGUUGCGGCGAUGAACGAGGUAUAA